AUGGCAAGGGAUGAUGAAAGAGCCUGCAUUUUCUUUUUCCGCUCCACUAUAACGGCCUUUGCACAAUGUGUGGGCCCAAAGGACAUCAAAGGCCAGUGUUGGACAGAUGAGGAGUCGGACGGAGAGAAUGAGUCGGAGCAGUUCCUGUACGGCAUUCAGGGGAGCUGUGCCGCUGACCUGUACCGUCACCCUCAACUGGAUGCCGACAUUGAGGCAGUGAAAGAUAUCUACACUGACAGUGCUGUCUCUGUCAGAGAGUAUGGAACCAUCGACGACGUGGACAUCGAUCUUCACAUUAACAUCGGGUUCUUAGACGAGGAGGUUGCGACAGCUUGGAAAGUUAUCAGAACAGAGCCCAUUAUUCUGAGACUGCGCUUUUCUCUUUCUCAGUACCUCGAUGGACCUGAGCCGUCAGUAGAGGUGUUCCAGCCCUCCAAUAAAGAAGGUUUCAGCUUGGGCCUGCAGCUCAAAAAGAUCCUGAGCACGUUCACCUCUCAGCAGUGGAAGCACCUCAGUAAUGAGUUCCUCAAGGCCCAGCAGGAGAAGAGGCACAGCUGGUUCAAGGCCGGAGGGACCAUCAAGAAGUUCCGCGCCGGACUCAGCAUCUUCUCCCCCAUACCCAAGUCUCCAAGUUUCCCUCUGAUCCAAGACACAGUUUUAAAAGGGAAGCUGAGCGUCCCUGAGCUGAGAGUGACCCGUCUGAUGAACCGCUCCAUCUCAUGUACCAUGAAGAACCCUAAAGGGGAGCUGUACAGUUAUCCCCCAAACAGCCAGGCGGGCGGCCACUGCAAGAACAUCCCUACCUUGGAGUAUGGAUUCUUAGUGCAGAUAAUGAAGUACUCAGAGCAGAGGAUCCCCACGCUCAACGAGUACUGCGUGGUCUGUGACGAACAGCACGUCUUUCAGAACGGAUCCAUGCUGAAGCCUGCGGUGUGCACCAGGGAGCUCUGUGUGUUCUCCUUCUACACUCUGGGUGUGAUGUCUGGAGCUGCAGAGGAAGUGGCCACUGGAGCAGAGGUGGUGGACCUACUUGUGGCUAUGUGUCGAGCAGCUCUCGAGUCUCCUCGUAAGAGCAUCAUCUUUGAGCCGUACCCAUCAGUCGUCGACCCCAAUGACCCCAAGACUCUGGCCUUCAACCCAAAGAAGAAGAAUUAUGAGAGACUGCAGAAAGCACUGGAUAGCGUCAUGUCCAUCCGGGAAAUGACCCAGGGCUCAUAUCUGGAGAUAAAGAAACAGAUGGACAAACUGGACCCUCUGGCCCAUCCGCUGCUGCAGUGGAUUAUUUCCAGUAACAGGUCUCAUAUUGUCAAGCUGCCGCUCAGUAGGCAACUGAAAUUCAUGCACACCUCCCACCAGUUCCUGCUGCUCAGCAGUCCCCCGGCCAAGGAGGCUCGUUUUCGCACUGCCAAGAAAUUAUACGGCAGCACCUUCGCCUUCCAUGGUUCCCAUAUAGAGAACUGGCACUCUGUUCUGAGAAAUGGACUAGUCAAUGCCUCUUAUACCAAACUGCAGCUGCAUGGGGCAGCGUAUGGAAAGGGCAUCUAUCUGAGCCCCAUCUCCAGCAUAUCUUUUGGAUACUCAGGAAUGGGGAAAGGACAGCACCGCAUGCCCACCAAAGAUGAACUGGUGCAGCGUUACAACCGCAUGAACACCAUACCACAGAGCCGACCAAUACAAUCAAGGUUUCUUCAGAGUCGAAACCUGAACUGCAUCGCUCUGUGCGAAGUUAUCACAUCUAAAGAUCUGCAGAAACAUGGAAACAUCUGGGUGUGUCCCGUCUCCGACCACGUCUGCACUCGCUUCUUUUUUGUGUAUGAGGAUGGCCAAGUCGGCGAUGCCAACAUCAACACCCAGGAGCCUAAGGUUCAGAAGGAGAUCAUGCGUGUGAUCGGGACCCAGAUCUACUCCAGCUAA